CGUAACUGGUUAGUGGUUAGCGCCAUGCAGCGUAGUGAACAUAAAUAUAAUCGCGGUUGCUAUUUUGGUAAACGAACAAGUUUUCGAUGGUUUAUAUUUCAUUUCCUGUAAUAAAAUACGCAUACUAUUAUACAUAAUUAUUUACCACGUUUAAAUAUGUCUAGUAAAUACAAAGAUAAUUCGUUGAUUUUAAGGAGCAUUUUUUUAACGUCCAAUGAAAACCGUUUGAACCUGAAAUGCUGGUGAUGAUCGAUUACAGCAACAGGUGCGGUUACAAUGACGAUGUGACCGAGCCAUUACGGCUCACGGGGUCGGUAAAUGUAAGUUGUAUCCCAAAAAAAAGGUUUUAAUAACAACAUAUGUAAGUUGCGGCCUGUGUUUCUCUCAUGUACACGUUAAUUGCGUCCGACAGAAAAUCCGUAAAUCCGAGGAGAUUUUUGAAAAUGAACGUGAUAAAUAACGAAAAAAAUAAAAUCAUUAAAAGUGAUUGCUAGUCGUAAGUUUCGUUUUCACAAGUUUUUAAUAAAUUAUGUUGAACGUUGGUGUUGCUUUAGUACGUGUAAGUGCUUUGUAAAGUUAAAUAGUCUUAUUAAUACUGAAAUUGAAAUUUUUAAUGAACAUAACCAAUGAGCAUUACCAGAAAAUAUUGUUACUAGACAAAAAAUUAGUAACGAUUUAAAACGAAAAGCAGUUGAUGACAUGUUUAGGGACGUAAUUUACGUCAAAAAGGUGCAUUGGGACGCAACUUACGGUCACCUCACGGGGUACGCCUUGCAACGAUCGUCACGAGAUCAGUGGCGCUCGGGAUGGGAGUGUGCCGCUGCUGCCGGGAAACGUCUUCCGGACGACGCGGCGAUGUCUCUAUCGUCGCGAUACACGCUAUACAUGUUCAACCCCCGGGUCACGGAUUUUCGUACGCCCGCGCGUGAAUCGUAACCGGCUGGUUUUGGGGACGCGUACAUCAGCUCUAGGGCGAAACCAACGUGUUGUACGCGCGACACGAGCCCGAGUCGAAUUACGUUUUGCGCAUCGUUUCGCUCGCGCGUCUACCGGAAAAACGGAAAUCGAGCGCGUGCGCGGCGCAAUACUUACGCGCGCGUGGACCUGUAGCUUUAAACAUGACCUAUAAACGGCAGACUAACCGGGGGGCAAGAACAAUGUGGAAGAACGGCGCACGUGCGUAGGAGCAGCCGCGCAAGAGUAGAAAAAGAACAAAAUCGCUUUUGCCGUUGUUCGCGCGCGCGCGUUCGGGGUCGAGAAUACCGAAAACGCUUGAAAGAAAAUAAAACCGAAACAACGCAGAAACUGCAAUCGCGAUUCCAGCGAAUGCCACCGUCGCGCGCGUCGCAGUGAAAGUGCAAUGGGCGGUUUUUUAAAUCGACCGUCGCCGAAGACACCGGUCCAGUCCAGUCGUACCGGUACCGCCGAUCACGCGACUCUUACGCGAUUUGACGAAACGAUAAAAAAAAUAAUAUAAUAAUCGCGUCCGACAUUACAUACGAGCCGGACACCUCCGGAAAUCAAUAAUUAUAAUGCACGAAAACAAUAAACAAUAAUUAAAAAACCGUUUUGUCCGGUGACACACGUGCGUAUCAAUUGCGUCUUUCAAAUAUACUCUAACAGCUAUUUGCGCGUCGGAAGUUCCGGUCGGAAACCCGUUUGCAUACGCAGCAGUACGUUGCAGCAUUCGCAAACCGAAUACAGUCGACCAACCCGAUGUGAUCUCCGCAGUGCCCCUGCAGGACCGAUGUGAACUAUGACCUUGAUUGCCGCCGUCGGUGGUAGCAGGACAUGGGACGGACAAAGUGCGCCGCGUACCCUGCCCAAGUCGUCGGUGUGCUGCUACUGCUGUCUCUGUCCAUCGGGUGGCCACUGUUUGUGGCCACGGCUGCGACGACUACGUCCACGGCUGAGUGGUUGGCCCGAUGGCAGCCGCAGAGGUUCGUCUCAAAGGACGAAAAUCACGGCGACCGGUUGCAGGACAACGAGAUCGUGGAUGAAUACGUGAAGCCGUCGCCGCCGGUUCAGCACACCGUCGAAUUUCUGGACUUUGCUGCCUCGCUGUACA